CUGCUACUCUACACUUAGUUCAAAAUUGUACCUCUCUUUUCAUCUCUCUCUCUGAGAUUUUUCACAAGAAAAUUACUCUGUAAAUAGCUACAGAGGACUAAUUUUCUUCAGUACCUUUACUCCAUAUAGCAAAGCUUUUAUUACAGUCUUCUGUCUCUCUGUUCUCUGUUGCUUUUCUAUCUGUUUUUUCUUCCACUGGUGCUUGCAGCACUGACGUAGCCCAUAUUUUUUUUUCAGUGAUACUCUGAUACCCUUAGUUUUUCGUACUUCGAUUCCUUGUAUCUCGUCUAUCUCCUUUUAUUUCUACUGCUUUUUGGGUUUUCUUCGACAUAAUGAGUUCUUGAAGAUUUUUGUUUUUUCACUUUUCAUACCAAAAACUGUUAGAAAAGCUUGAGCUUACCCCCACCACCCACCCACCCACCAUCACCAGAACCAUCCUUUAUCCGAAGAAUCUUUUUCCCCUUUUUUACUUCACGCCCUCUCUCACACUUUCGCUUUCAAUGCGAAUCUGAGAAAAUCAUACAUAAAAAUGGACCAACAUACCAUGUUGUCUAGUGGUACUACUGUUAAGUAUACUGAACACAGGAAGGAAAUUACUAUGGUUAAAUCAUCAGCUCCGGUGAGUUUUCCUGGACGGAAAAGGAACUCCGAGAUGAAUGUCGCUGGUCCUAGAGUUGUUCGUAUUACUGUAACUGAUGCUGAUGCUACCGACUCUUCGAGUGAUGAAGCUGAAGAUGGGCUGUAUAGCCGUCAAAGAGUGAAGAAAUUUGUUAACGAAGUUCGUAUUGAGUCGUCGGAAACUGGGAUUUUCAGAAAUGGGUUGUUUGAAAAUGGAGUUUUGAAAAAUGGGUCUUCGUCGGAAACUGCUGUUGCUACCACCGUGUCACGGCGGCGGAAGAAGACAACGGCGGCGAGUAAGCUGAAGGUUAAUAAUGGUAAAAAGUUUCGCGGUGUACGGCAACGGCCAUGGGGAAAAUGGGCGGCGGAGAUUAGAGAUCCAUUGAGACGUGUACGGUUAUGGUUGGGUACAUAUGAUACAGCUGAAGAAGCUGCUAUGGUAUAUGACCACGCGGCUAUUCAGUUACGUGGACCAAACGCGCUUACGAACUUCGCCGUCGCUACUCCGGCGAAAACCAGCUGCUCCGGUUACAUCUCCGGCGAAGAUUCCGAUCAACGUUCACCUAAGUCCGUUCUCCGUUGUGCUUCUACUUCUUUUGAAGAUUCUCAGAAUAACGAAGAAGCUGAAGCUGAGUCUUCAAUACCCAUUUUACCCUCAGAGCAUUUUAAGAGCAACUCGGAUUUCAAGGGUGAAAAUGACAUAUCAAUGUCGGGUAAUUUCGGUGACUUCCCACCGUUUGAUAGUAUUUUCCCGGAUUUUUUCCAGUUCGAGGACCCGGUUCCUAUUCCCGACUUAUUCGACCCGGUGGUUUUACCAGACAUGUUUGUCGGGUCAAGUACUCUUGAUUUCGGUUUCGGGUCAUCAUCAUGGCCCGAAGAAGACUACUUUCAGGAUUUCGGAGAUGUAUUCGGGUCUGACCCGCUUGUGUCUCUUUGAAUGUUGGAUACGGUGAACACAAUGGGCAUGGAGUCUUGAUUAAGUGAAUUUUAAAAUUAAAUGUGGUAUUUAUUUUGUCAGUUUUGUCUAAUAUUUGUUGAUUAAUGUUAGUGUUUAAUGUGAGUGAUUAGUAAGUAAUUAGUAGUAAUAUGUAAUAGUGGCUCCGUCUCAUUAACGUUGAUGAUGGAUGAGAUUUUGCGGUA